AUGCAGUCUGUACUACACUCAAGUGGUCAUGGUAAUUCCAUGCGCACUUCAGCCUCCUCGUUUCUCUCGGCAGCUUAUGGCAAUUACCAGACUGGUGCAAAUUUUCGAAACGUGGAUGAAUCACUUGUGCCAUCAUUUGAGGCAUUAAACCCAUAUGCAAAGGUUGGACAUAGCGUCCCAGGUGAUGAUAAACGUUGGCAACCAGUACCGGACUUGUUUCAUUCAAAAGAAUCGCUUUAUUUUCGUUCAGCAGUGGGUAAUGUGCUUAAAACGGCCCAUGAAGAGAUAUCGCCAGCGGAAUUAGAAGUACGAGCAAAUACACCUGAAUUUAAAGUGGAAGAAGGUGAUUGGAUUGCCCACAACUCGAAUCAGAAGAAUCAGUUUGCACUGAUUACACCACUUAAGACUGUGGCUAGAAUUCCAGCUAACCUUAUUAUUUCAAAUGAACCAAUCUCGUUAACACAACCAAUAAGUAACCACAUGGGUGGAUACCUUCGUAAGAAAGGUGAGAAAAACAAAGCUCUGAAGAAACGGUAUAUGGAGUUAAAUGGAAGCGUAUUAGCUUAUUAUAAAAAGAAGCCGGUUAAGCAUGGUAUUCCACUAGGUCGUGACGAAAAGAAGACGUUGGAACGAGGACGAAUUGACUUGGAUCGUGUAUCGUCUUUACAACCAAUGGAAUCCAGGACGGAGCCGUAUGGUAUUCUUUUGGUCACGACGGCGCGUACUUGGGCAAUUUGUGCGGACUCUGAACCUGAGUACCAGCGGUGGCUAAAGGCACUUUGUGAUGUUGUCAAGUUUAGUGCAGUUCAUGUCACGUAUAAGCGUAUGUUUCAGUUGCAGGAAGUGAGUGCAAAGGCUAUCACUGAUGUUCGAAUGGUUGUCACAACCGGUGAUACGGUGGGACAGAUUGUCGAGCAUAUCUUUAACUGCUAUGAGCAGGCGCUGGAUGCAGCGCCGUUGAGACCAUACAAUCCAGCAGAGUAUCGACUGAAAAUUACUGGUUACCGUGACUACAUGAUCGACAGGUUCCGUGUUUUGAAUGAAUAUGUUCAUGUUCGCGAGUGUCUUUUGACCAAGAAAACAAUUCGUUUGACUGUGAUUCACGAGUCAGUGAUUCAGGAGACCGCUAUGAUGAGCUUGAGCAUUGGCAGAGACCUGGCAGUUAUUUCUGGAUCAAUGAACAGUAUUGUUAGCCAGUUUGCAGAUAUGUUUGAUGGUGAGCGGGCAACGUCAUUGCAGAUGACAACUUUGGGUGAUGAAUGGGAAAAUCCGUCAGUCGAUCGCAAUCCGUCGUUACCGAGUGGGAUAAUUCAACAGCCAUUUGCUAUCCGCAUACGUCGGGUACUGAACAUUCCUCGUACAACAUGCGUAAGAAAGCGUUCAAGUGAAGAAGCUGUGGUGAGCCGGAUCCCUUUGACGAGCACGAGUGUAAUUGUUCGCAUUGAGCUGUAUGACGGGAGCCAACUACUAGAUAAUGCCCUGGUCGACACGGCAGACGUUCGGCUGAAGGCUCAGCGGAACAACUUUCUGUACGCUGAAUGGGAAGACGCUAUUUGGCACACGUUUAACAUGGACAUUUGCAACAUCACGCGCACGAUGCGAAUUCAGCUUACAGUUUUGGGUGUAAAAAAGAAUGUUGGUAGUUCAACUUCGAGCAUGGACGCCACCGAGGAAAAGAUGCUGGUGACUGGCGUGAACGCGUUUGAGGUAGAUGACACACUCGUACAGGGGCAACAGUAUGUGCACAUGUACAACAACUUGCACUCGUGCAUUCAAGGUCCUGUGCCUCACGUGGCACUGCCCAACGAGCCCCUGAUUCAGCUCGAGUUUUCUAAGUUUGAUGCACCGAUCAAGUUCAACUGGGAUGAUGAUGAUAGUUUGUCUGCCAAUGAUCGCUCUCACCGCCGUAGUACCAUUACAAGUAGUCGAUCUGCAAUGCUGCGUAAGGAAGGGUGGCUUCAGAAAGUGGGCAACUUUUCGUCUUUGACACGGUGGCGUCGUCGUUGGUUUGUAGUGGACCAGAGCACUUGUACCCUCAGUUAUGCUGAUGAUGAGACUGCUCCUCGUAAGCUGAUCACUCUGCGUAAUUGCUCCGUGAUGACUGCCGAUGACAUGAAUCAGAAGUUUACGACAGCGCCUGUAAAUAAAGGUACACGGAAACUUCGCCAGACGUGGUGCUUUAAAGUGCGUCCUAUGGGUUCGUCUCGUGAUUACAUUAUCUCUGCUGAAACGAAGCAAGAUCGCGAGGAAUGGAUGCUUGCGAUUCAGACUGUUUCAAAGAGUGAUUCGAACAUUGAUUCUCGCGGCAGCAUUGGUGGCUUUGAGGAUCUAAAUAUGCUAGUUCCUGUGAGUCCGUAUGCUGAAAGAAACAACGAUUACUUAGACGGCAAAAUUAUUUUAGAGAGUGUCGCUCAAGACCGGCGUGAUUCGACUUCCCGCAGCAGUGGGCACAGCUCGUGUCAUGAGUCUGCGCAGUUAAACGAACUACGCAAGCUCAUUUUGCUGGACCCGUUGUAUCGGUUUAGUCCGUACCAAAAGGAGCAGCUAUGGAUGCACCGCGAGGAAUAUAUUGACAUACCAGCUGCCCUUCCACGGAUUCUUUCGUGUGUUCACUGGGAAGACCGUGAGGAGUGUGAGGAGGCAUUGAAACUUCUUCCGCGCUGGUCUGUACCUGAUCACCAAGCAGCCUAUGUUGAGUUACUGAAUGGCGAGUUUGCUCACGUAGGUGUCCGCACGUUUGCAGUACAAAAGCUAGGCCAGAUGGCUGAUACGACCUUCAGUUACUUUUUGCCUCAGCUUGUGCAAGCAAUCAAGUUUGAGAACCACCACGUUUCGCCGUUGUCUAUGCUUCUCAUAGAACGAGCAAUCAAGAAUCCAAACCAGAUUGGAUUUGAUCUCUUUUGGAGCAUGAAGGUAGAGGCACACAACGACCAGUAUCGUGAGCGGUAUGGCACGAUCUUGAACGCAUACUUGGAUGUCUGCAGCUCAAAGAUGCGCGCUAUUUUAAAGCUGCAGGACAAGCUUUUUUCGGAGGGCGGAAUGCUUGAACGUAUUUGUCAGAGUGUGAAAGCAAAGAAAAAAGAAGGCGCAGCUGAAAUGAAACGAGCGAUGCAGUUGGGCUUGGAGGCGCUAAACGAACUACUACCAGGCUCAUUUCAACUGCCGCUUGACCCUCGUAUUGAAGUGGGCAAGAUUAUCGUAAGCAAGUGCCGUGUAAUGGAUUCGGCGAAGAAGCCAUUAUGGUUGGUGUUUGAAAAUGCUGAGGAGGGAGGUGAUCCUGUAACAGUAAUGUUCAAGGCCGGUGAUGAUGUUCGUCAGGAUUGCUUGACGCUGCAGUUGAUCCGUUUGAUGGACGAGAUGUGGCGCGACGAGGGUCUGGAUUUGGCAAUGGAGCCAUACAAGUGUGUGGCGACAUCACCAAUGACUGGUAUUCUUCAGAUGGUACCAAACUCGGUUACAACUGCUGAGGUGCACAGGCGUGAUGGUAUGAUGGGGACGUUUAAGGAUCCUAGUUUCUCUGACUGGAUUUGUGCAAACAAUCCUGAUCCGCGAAGCCGCAAAGCUGCUGUUGAUCUUUUCAGCCGCUCUUGCGCUGGUUAUUGUGUGGCUACGUGUGUGCUUGGUAUCGGUGAUCGGCACAAUGACAAUAUUAUGAUUGCUUCCUCGGGCCGCUACUUCCACAUUGACUUUGGUCACUUCUUAGGCCACCUCAAGUAUUACAAGCUGGGAAUUCGUCGUGAGCGAACGCCUUUUGUGUUCACAAAUGAAAUGGCGUACGUGCUAGGUGGAGUAGAAGGGAAAGACUUUGCUAAAUUCGUCGAUACAGCCUGCACGGCGUACUGCGUGCUACGAAGACAAAUGCACCUCCUGGUGUCGCUAUUGCUACUGAUGGUACCAGCAGAUAUGCCUGAACUAACAGGGCGAGAUGACAUUAAUCACAUUGUGACGACCCUGGCGCCCGAGGUAUCAGAUGAUCGUGCUCGCGAGUCGUUUGAGCAGACGAUUCAUUUCUGCCUUGACAGCCGGUUCAAACGUUUUGAUAACUACCUGCACAACAUUGCCCACGCCUUUGGAUAA